AUGGAAAUGGAGGGAAAUCCUGUCCGAGUUACCCAGGAGAAUUUCCAGCAGGAAGAGCCCGUGAUCCCAGUCUGCAAUCUGGGACAGAUUUCCAAGGUUCAAAUACAGAUGCAAAUCAGUUACCUGGCAAGUUGCAGGGUUGCACUGAGAAGGCAGCAAGCUCAGGAAGAGGAACUGGGAAUCAGUCACCCGGUGCCCCUGCCCAGUGCCCCUGAGACGUUUGUUAAGAAGAACAGUGGUGGCAGCUCUUGUCUCUUGUUGGAAAACAGCAGCCCUACGCACUCAACGAGUACAGCCAUGACAGCAGCUAGCACACCGUCAGAGGGACGGAUGCUCAUUCAGGACAUCCCUUCCAUCCCCAGCAGAGGGCACUUGGAGAGCACGUCUGAUUUGGUUGUGGACUCCACCUACUACAGCAGUUUUUACCAGCCAUCUCUGUAUCCUUACUAUAACAACCUGUACAACUACUCCCAGUACCAAAUGGCAGUGGCCAGUGAGCCUUCCUCAAGUGAGACAGGGGGUACAAUUGUAGGGUCGGCCAUGAAAAACAGCCUUCGAAGCCUCCCAGCAACAUACAUGCCAAGCCAGUCAGGAAAACAGUGGCAGAUGAAGGGCAUGGAGAGCCGCCACGCCGUCAGCUCCCAGUACCGCAUGUGCUCCUACUACCCACCCGCUUCCUACCUGGGACAGGGGGUUGGCGCUCCCACGUGCCUCCCCCAAAUCCUGACCUCUGAGGACAUCCCUUCCUACUCGGAGUCAAAAGCAAGAGUGGUUACAGUGGACAGGUGCCUGGGGACGGCUCCGCAUCGAAAAGUAGCGAAACGCCAGCGGAUUCGGGCCGAUUUUGACUUUCCAGCCCGCCCCCCGCCUCUGCCCGGUCCGUCGGUGUUUCUCGGAAAGCCUCGCUCUUUAGCGGAGCCAGGCCCUUUCCGCUAA